AUGCAAGCGCAGGCAGAAUCUAUCUUUGCAAAGACCCAUAUAUUAAAAGCAGUGAAAAAUGGUCUGAAUGCGUGUUUUCAGGAAUCCCGCAAUAUAUGUCAGACAGAUUACAGAAAAAUGAUGAAUUAUGGAAUUUUAAUUCUUGGUAUUUUUUUCAUAUUAGAUGGAAGAUUUAUAUUCGCGGGUAAUGUACGCAUCAGAAAUAUCACUUUUAAUAAUACUGUGAACAAAGAGGAAUGUAUGGAACUGCUUUUGAGUGCACAGAACAGAAUGAAUUCAAAAAUGGACCGUCGUGUAAAUGGUGUAGGAUCCUUGAGCAGCUCUAUAACCUACUGUGUGUCAUUUCAAUGA